AUGCGUUUCGAGGUACAGAGUGGGAACUCCAAGAUCAAGAAGAGUGGGGGUGUGCGGAUAAUCGGCGGAGCAGACGGGAUCAAGAUGAUUCCUUUCGUCAAUAUCGAACAUGUCAUCAUCCUCCCAGAGCCCAAAGCCAAGAGACAAAAGAACCACCGCGUGCUUAUCGUGCCCAAUGCCGCCACUGGCCUCUCCCCCAUUAAACGGAAGUACCUCAAGAUCAUCUCAUUCAGCCUGCCGAACAAGAACGCAGACAAGGACCUCAUUGGAACAAUUGGUGAGGCAGUUGAUGCCAGCAAAGACACAUAUCUCUCGGUCUUCAGGAAGGUCUUCAGGAAGGUCUUCAACCAGAAACUGAAGCCAUUUGGCAAGUCUGUCAUUGAUGCUACGGACUUCCAAAAAGCUGGGAUUUGGGAAGGGAAGACGACAGUAAGGUUCCGGCUCAACUAUCAGCCUCACCAAAGGACCAUCAGAGGUAUACCAACCAUUCCCACCAUUGGCCGGGACUUAUCGGGCCACAUCAGAGCUAGGAGCGCGUUUUCAGGCCACAGCUACUUCCUUCGCGAGGGGCUAGUGUUUUUACACGAUUCCAAUGGGCGGCAUGGUGUAGAAGAUCUCCAUCUGUUUAUUCCCUUCAAUUCGCUCAGCAAGUCGCUUCUUCUACUUGCCUACGAGAAUGGGGAACCCGUUGGUGUUAGGUACCUGAUCGAGGAUCUUUCUGAACCGUACUUUGCAGCCACCGCCGAUGCGAAGAAGGACGAGCAGAAUUCUCUGAUGAUAGGCUUUGACGGGCUGCCUGUGGAGCUGUUGGAUGAGUUGAAGAAGUGGUCAGAGGGAAGUAGGAUCAAGACGACGAGGAUGAACCUGGGCAGUCUUUCUACAACUAUGCCGGAAACACACCAGCAUCAGGCUUCACGCCGCCGGGUAUGA